GUUGCUUUUCCCGUAGCAGUUUUUUCCACUUGCGGAUUUUCGUUGUGCGCGUGUUUUCCACUCGUUUCAGCUGCAUUUGCGGCCGCUGCGAAACGCCGGCGUAUCGAGAUGCUAUUGGCCUAGUCCGCGGCCACCUGCGAAGCCAGUCUUUUCCAGAGGCCGAGGGCAUUUCGUGCAGUUCCUGCUACGGUCACUCUGGGCGUUCAGCGAAGAUUAUUUUGUGCUAAUUUUGUGCAGAAAUCGAAGCAGCAGCCGUGCUAAUUGGGAACAAGUGGGAGCCCGAGCUGUUACACCUGGCGGAAAUAGAGGGCACAGUAGUGAAAUAGAAGCCCAAAGCAACAGCGAAAUGAACAAGGCUGACGUCAACCGCCGAGUUCUGGCCAUUCAGGCGAAGAAGAAGCGCCAUAAGAACAACAAGAAGCGGGGCAAGCAGAACGGCCAGGAGCAGCAGCCGAAUCCCGGCCAGAACUUGAAUCCCCCCAACUCCCAGCCGAAUCCGAGCGGCGAGAACUUGCAGGCACCGGAUAAUGCUAAUAAUAGCCAUGCGGAUGCGCCCAUUUCGGCCGCUUUCAGCAAGGUCACUGCAGCGGCAACGGCCUCCACUUCCAGCGGCGGAUCGGGGGGCACCCCCGAGCAAUAUCAACCAUCCCAGCCACAGUCCCAGUCGCAGCCGCAGGCCAAGACCAAGUCGAAAUCAACCAAUUCGCAGAAGGAGCAAGUACAGCAGCCACCGCGGAGCAGCUCCAACGAGUCCUACGAAUCGGAGCUGAACAGCGAGAACGAGGAGCAGGAGCUGAAGGAGGACUACUGCAAGGGUGGCUACCACCCCGUCAACAUCGGUGACCUGUUUCAGGGGCGUUACCAUGUCAUCCGAAAAUUGGGCUGGGGCCACUUCUCCACCGUCUGGCUGUGCUGGGAUCUGCAGGAGAAGAGCUAUGUGGCAAUCAAGAUUGUCAAGUCGGCGCCGCACUUUGCAGAGACGGCCAAGGAUGAGAUCAAGAUACUCAGGACGGUGCGCGAGACGGAUCCAUCGAAUCCACGUCGCCAGAAGACAGUCCAAAUGCUGGAUGACUUCAAGAUCACCGGCGUAAACGGCACCCACAUUUGCAUGGUGUUCGAGGUGCUGGGCGACAACUUGCUAAAGCUCAUCCGAAAAUCCAACUACCGCGGCAUCCCGUUGGGCAACGUGAAGACCAUCACCCGCCAGGUGCUGGAAGGUCUUGACUAUCUGCACACAUGCUGUAAGAUUAUCCACACGGACAUUAAGCCCGAGAAUGUGCUAUUAUGCGUGGACGAGCCACAUGUCCGCUCGCUUGCCACUGAAGCCACCCAGCUGUACUGCAUGAACUCCAAGAUGUAUCCAUCGCUGGUAAGCCGGGCGCCCAAGGAGUACCGCGAGCCGCCCAUCACUGGGAAAAUGAGCAAGAACCGAAAGAAGAAGCUCAAGAAGAAGGCCAAGAAGCGCAUGGAGCUGUUCAAGAAGCAGCGAGACUACCUGGAGCAGGCGGGCGGCCAGACGGGCGAGGGCCAGGAUGCUGGCGAGGAUCAGACGGACUUUGGUGUCAAUCACAAUGAGGUGCAGAACGGCGAUGCUGGCAUCUCCGAUGGGGAUGAGUACUUUGAGGUGAAGCAGGAGCCGGAGGACAAUGAAGAUGACGAUGAUGAGGAUGUAGCUGCAGAGCAGCCAAUACACAAGGAGCGUAAGGAGCGACCUGAGCGCAAGGAGCAGGCACAGCAGCAGGAACCGCUGGCUGAGGGCGCUGACAAAGCCAAAAAGAAGAAGAAAAAGAAGAACAAAAACAAAUCUAACCAGCUGCAUGCUCAGCAGCCUCCACAACUGGAGAACUCCACGAGCAGCGGCGACAGCAGCAGCGCCCUCAAGAGUCACCAGACCAAUGGCAGCAGUAGCAUUAGCAACAGCAACUCCAACAGCAACUCGAGCGGCACAUUGAAAGGACAAUCAAACGGGAAGAAGAUGCCGUUGCGACCCAAGCAGGAGAAGCAACUGGAAAAGCAGCAGCAGCAGUCGUCGAAUCAGCAGCUGAACAACAACAACUCUUGUUCCAAGCCAAACUCGAACAGCAAUUCGAAAAUCUCAAGCGGCUCCGUGGAUAACUCAUCGUCGGCCACCAACGGCCCGUAUUCUGAGCCCAUGUUGCCACCACCUCCUCCGCCACCGCAAACAAAACACAGGGCCAGACGGGACCCGGCGCUGGAGGAAUGCAGCGUUUACGUAAAGAUCGCAGAUCUGGGAAACGCCUGCUGGGUGGAUCGCCACUUCACCGAGGACAUACAGACGCGCCAGUAUCGCUCGCUGGAAGUGAUUCUCGGUUCAGGCUACGACACCUCGGCGGACAUUUGGAGCACUGCAUGCAUGGUGUUCGAGCUGGCCACCGGCGACUACCUGUUUGAGCCGCAUUCCGGCGAUACCUAUUCCCGCGACGAGGAUCACCUGGCCCACAUCAUCGAGCUGCUGGGUCCCAUACCGCGACACAUUGUGUUCCGCGGCACCUAUGCUCAGCAAUCGUUUAACCGAGCCGGAGAACUUCGGAACAUCACUGGCCUCAAGCCCUGGGGCCUAAUGGACGUUCUGCUGGAGAAGUACGAGUGGUCGCAGAGUGAGGCGGAGUCAUUUGCCUCGUUCCUCAAGCCCAUGCUGGAGUUCGACCCGGCCAAGCGGGCCACCGCCGCGGAGUGUCUGCAGCACCCGUGGCUUAGAUAAGAUACGAUGCAGCCUGGUUGUUGGCUGCGAGCCACCCAGCCAGCAACAGCAGAUGGAGCGGGAGCAGAAGCAGGAGCAGGGACAGCAGCUCGAGGAGCGGGAUCACCGGCGGUAACGGCGAAAAGAGGAGUUGGCGGGGGCUUUGUGGAAUCUUCGGCAUCGGUGGCUACUUUGGCUUCCAUCUCAUCAAUUGCUUCCACUUCGGCGGCGGCAAUGGCGGCGCUUAAGGCCCGUCCCUACCUAGUUGCACCAUUCGUGACCACAGCCUCAGCACCACCCACUCCACAGCCCCACAUAUCCGUUUCCACUAGCACGGCCCGCACAGCGCCAGCCACGCCAACACGUCGUCGCACCGCCCCCGAAGAGGAUCUGGAGUCGGUGGAGGACUUUGAUGUGACACUUUCCCAGAUGGAGGAGACACAGACGCAUGCCAAGACCAAGUCUCAGCGCUUUUUCUGGCGCAAGGCGCUGCGCCGCGUCUUCCAACGCCGCAAGUGACGGCGUCGCCGGCAGGACCUGCCCCGCUGGCAUCGUCCCGCCCGUCGCUGUCGUCGCCGCAACCUGGCCGAGCGGGUGAGGCGCAUCUGCGCCUGCUGUGCCUACGGCCAGAUCCUGCUGCGAGCAGCCCGCGUGGCCCUGCUCAGCUGCAUCCGCUGGCGAACCCGUGGCAACAUACGCAACAACAACUUUUACUUCAGCAACCACUAAAGCAUCAGCAUCAGAAGCCAGCCAGCCAAGCAAAAAAUCGUCUCCAGCCGCAGCAGUCGCUAAUCUCCGUGCUCCAGCUUCCACGAGUUACGUUUAAAGUUAAUGAACAACCAUUCGAUUUAGUUUUACACACGCCAGCGCUUAAUUUAUUUCCUGUGUUUUACAUCGACAAUUAGACUAUUUUUGUUGCUACAUAUGAAAUUAUAAAUUGUAUUACCGCCUAUACACCUACACGAACCAUGUACAUAUAGGAUCGACAGUGCUCGACCCCAUUAUUCAGUUUAGUUGAAGCGACGCAUAGGAAAGCGAGAGUAUAGCGACAACGCAUGCCGCGUGCAAACCUAAAUCCAUAGGCAUAUAUCUGUUACUGUACAUUUAGCCAAGAGGCGAAUCGGAAAUACACAUUUAUAGCGUACAUAGUUAAUUGAACUGGAGUCGAUCCAUCUGACGGGGUCUCACCCGCCCGAUCGUCGUGAGGCGCUGCAGCUGGAUUUUUAUUAGCAUACGUACAUGUACAUGGAUGCAGAGACUUGAGCUGAACAUAACAAUAAUGAGAACGUAGUUAAUUAGUUUAUCCUCGGCUUAGUGAUCGACAUGAACAAUUUGAAAUGGCAUUAGUAAGCAUGAGAAACGUAACCUGAAAUAGUAAAGCGAAUGCACUACCAGCAACAACCACAAGUGAAACGAAUCCUUAUCCCAUAAUCGGAACUAAUAAGCAUAUAAAUAUAAUUAAAAGUAGCCGCCACUAACAAGAAGUAUUGUUCAAUAUUAAAUACUAGCGCAAGCGCAAAAUAAUUGCAGCUUUAUCGGAUAGAUAAAUAUUCAAGACACAGAAACACACACCAAAUUUGGCACAUUUAUCAGUACUAGAGCCACACAAAAUUUAUGGAAUUUCUCUCAACCACUCUUAACACGAGCAUAUUGAAUACCUAGAGGCCACUUUAUUUAAGGCUAGGAGUUAAAGCGAUUUCUUCAUAGAUACGAUUCGAGCCGGAGCGGUAGUGAAGCCAGAGCGAAAGAUUAUCAGACAUGCGAGACGGAGGGCCCAUGGGUUGGCAGGGGACGAGUGCAUAACUGACUAUUGACUACAUACGAGUACGUACACAUAUAUGGAUAAGUGGCCUUAUUAAUUCGGUUCUCCGCACCACACCAAGCACCACAAAACACAAAACCACACGCACCCAAUGCAACUAACCGCCCACAGAUACUAACUAACUACCAGUCCCCCAGCCAAUCUGAGAAAGCUAUUGCAAGACGAUUUACGCAGCGCGAACUAAGAAAUUAAAGAGUUAGGUAUGAAUACAAUUAUGGUAACUAGACAGCCCAGCCAGCCAGCUAGCAAGCAGAUAUCAAUCUAAAGUUAAACUCAAUGUGUCCAAGUUGCAGGAGAAUUAAGAAUGAGAGGCGGUUCUUAGAAGUAGUAGCCCACAGUCGAUCUUCGAUGUUGUCAUCAAGUUAAUCAUAACAUAAUGCAAAAUUCAACAAGCUUCGGCUGGCCGAUGUUUCGAACAUACUUACGCAUAUACUCUUUGAAAAUUGCCCAAGACUUCCGAGCGAAGCGACUUUACUUGGUAUCACAAGUGGAAGACCGGGGGGCCAGGAACCCGGCGCAGAUGACCACGUCUAAAUGAAUUCGAACCGGAAUCAGGAACCCAGCUGCCGAAUUGCAAUUCCAGAAUGUUCUCACGCUUUCAAAGAGUAUGAUUAUGAAUUAUACGGUACGAUACAUAAUUUAUUGAUGUAGUUAUAAACAAAAUAAACAACAAAUUACACAAAUUGGAAAACAA